AUGGCAUAUAAUAAUACCCAGCGAUACCUGUUGCUAUCGGACUGUUCGCGCGCGUUUCUGGCAUUUUGCGUGCUGGCACGGUUUGCGAUCCUGUUCCCGCUCAUUGGAACGAGGUUUCUACCCGGUGGCAUCGCUGACUUUUUCCUGACGGUGUACCUGACAAGUGUGCUUGUGGACGGGUUCGAAUACGUGACGAUUUUCCGCAAAGUGCCCAAGAAGGGUGUUUCUCGCACCUCUGGUUGGCGAGUGCUGGGUUCGAUCGGCGCAAGGGCAUUGGUGACGGCGCUCAUUCUGAACUACCCUAAGUCUGCAAAGAAUAUCAGCUUCAGUGUCUUGAUCUCGUCCUCGAUGCUAGUGGAUUGUUCGCGCCACCUGUACAAUUUCUACAAGGUGCGGACGUUUGGAGGGUCUGUGUGGUGGCUCACCAACCUGCGACGCAUUUUGUUUGGUUUGCUGAGCCCCGUGCUCGCUGCCAGCGAGGCUGCCAUGAUCUUCAUCUGCCUGAGACUCAUGGAGACCGAGUACGGCUACUACAGAGAAUACAUCGACUACGACGUGUGGGCCGACCGUGCGGCAGUGUUGGUCAAGGGCGUACUAUUUGCAUAUGCGCCAGUGUUCUAUAUCACAUACAAAAACAAGAUGACAGCAUUCUGGAGACUGAACACAGACACAACCAAGAAAACCAACUGA